AGAACAAGUAGCUUUUCUCUUUGGGGACGGCCCUAACCUCAUGUGCGGCUCUUAAUUUUGUGACGGUGAGACGUUGAAAAAUCUCCUAUUAUAUAACAACCCAUAUGGGGCAGCAACUUCUCAGUGCAUCAAACUACAGAAGCUUAGUAAAGCUGCUUCUCUUCUAGUGUGUAGAAUUUUGUUUUGCCAUUUGAGGGAGCUUAGCUUAGGACCGGUUCCCGAUGCGGAUCCUCCAGGCACUUCUGUGCUUGUUUUUUGCUGUAAGCUUCUGCUAUGCUGAUAAUACAGUUGAGGUAGUUGGGAUUGCAGAAUGUGCAGAUUGUGCACAGAAUAACAUUAAGGCUAGCCAGGCAUUAUCAGGGCUCCAUGUGACAAUUGACUGCAAGCAAGAAAAUGGAGAGAAGUUUGAGAGAAGAGGAGUUGGGCAGCUGAGUGAAGAAGGGAAGUUCACAGUUUCACUUCCUCAAGAACUGCUUAGAGAUGGAAAGUUGAAGGAAGAAUGCUAUGCACAACUUCACAGUGCAUCAGCUGCACCAUGUGCUGCCCAUGAUGGUCUUGAGUCCACAAAGAUUGUGUUCAAGUCCAAAACCAAUGACAAACACACCUUUGGGGUUGCUGGGAAACUCAAAAUCUCACCAAUUACUUGUACUUCAGCCUUCUUAUGGCCUCAUUUCAAACACCCUCCGAUCUACAAGCCAAAACCUCAUCCAGUUCCAAUCCCCAUCUACAAACCAAAACCUCAUCCAGUCCCAAUUUAUAAGCCAAAACCUCAUCCAGUUCCCGUCCCCAUCUACAAGCCAAAACCUCAUCCAGUCCCAAUUUAUAAGCCAAAACCUCAUCCAGUUCCCGUCCCCAUCUACAAACCAAAACCUCAUCCAGUCCCAAUUUAUAAGCCAAAACCUCAUCCAGUUCCAGUCCCCAUAUACAAGCCAAAACCACCAAUCUACAAGCCUCCUGUGGUGCUUCCACCACCAGUUCCAAUUUACAAGCCAAAGCCACAUCCUAUUCCAAUUUACAAGCCAAAGCCACAUCCUAUUCCAAUUUACAAACCAACGCCAAAACCACCAAUCUAUCACAAGCCUCUUCCUCCAUUCCCAAAGUUUCCUCCAAAGUCCCACUUCCAUCACCACCACCCUCCCCUGCCACCAUAUUCUCCCAUUCACUGAGAUGGAAUGGAUUCAUAAUGCUUAUAAGUUAUGGGUUUUUAAGUGUGUCUUUUAUCUUUAUGUGAUAAACUAAGUUGUAAGUAGCUUGUUAAGUUUGGGAAUAAAUGUUAAGUUUAUUAAGUGCUCU